AUGCUGGUGCUGCCACCCCCCUGCCCCCAGCCGCAGGCACUGCCCUCCCUCGAGGCCAUGGAGGGCCCGCGCCCUCGGACCGGCCGGUCCCCGGAGCCUGGGCCGUCCUCGUCCAGCGGAUCCCCGCAGACCUCUCCGCCUGUGCGCCCCAACCACUACCUGCUCAUCGACACCCAGGGCGUCCCCUACACGGUGCUGGUGGACGAGGAGGCGCAGAGAGGGCCCGGGGCCGAGGGCGCCGCGGCCCCGAAGAAGUGGUACAGCUGCCCCGUGUGCUCCCGCAUGUUCGAGUACAUGUCCUACCUCCAGCGACACAGCAUCACGCACUCGGAGCUGAAGCCCUUCGAGUGUGACACCUGCGGGAAGGCCUUCAAGCGGGCCAGCCACCUGACGCGGCACCACUCCAUCCACCGCGAGGGCGGCGGCCGGCCCUACGGCUGCCCCCUCUGCCCCCGCCGCUUCCGGGAGGCGGGCGAGCUGGCCCAGCACAGACGGGUGCACUCGGGGGAGCGCCCGUUCCAGUGCCCGUACUGCCCGCGCCGCUUCAUGGAGCUGGCCACGCUGCAGAAGCAUGCCCGCUGGAAGUGUGGAAUUAAACACGUAAAUACGAAAUUGGAAAUGUAA